AUGGAGAACUCCAAACAUUUUGCGCGAAUAGAACAAUUUCUAUGGAAGUUUUACAUAAAGGUGGACGAUGCGAAUUCAUGCGAGUUAUGGGAAAACGAGUGCCUUAAAUGUCUCGAAUGGCUGGAAAAACAGUAUCGACUCGAGAUAUUACAACAGGGGCAUGGAAUUCAAUCGCUGGAUUCUGGGGGAAGCACAAAUUCGAUUCCAAAGAGGAAGGAACACAGAGAAACACUCACACUCGCGACCUACAAUAUCCGUACCAUGAGACAAGAAGAUCAUCUCGAGAUGGUGGAACAAGAGCUCCGACAAAUCAAAUGGGACAUCCUGGGAAUAUGCGAAACCCGAUUAAAGGGAGAGGCUAGGACAACACUGAGAUCCGGACAUCUCCUAUUCCGAAAUAACUCAAUCAGCAAUGCCCACAACGGAGGAGUAGCUAUCAUGGUACACAGAGAUCUAAGACACCUAGUAACUAAGACAUGCUCCAUAUCAGAAAGGGUAAUAUACAUCCUGAUCAGAUUAAAUGACCGUUACACCCUACAGGUGAUCCAGGCCUACGCGCCUACUAAUGCCGCAGAGCACGAGGAAGCCGAGCAAUUCUACGAGGAUCUGACCGCCGCAAAAAGAGCAGAGAAUGCCAAGUUCAUCGCUGUGAUGGGCGACUUCAAUGCAAAAAUUGGACCUAAGACACCGACGGACCCAACAAACAUAGGACCGUAUGGGUUGGACAGCAGAAACGAGAGAGGUCAGAUGUUGUUGAACUACCUCGGCACCGAGGGCCUCUUUUGUAUGAAUACCCAUUUCAAGAAGUCACCUCAAAGGAAGUGGACGUGGAAAAGCCCAAAUAACUUAGUCAAAAAUGAGAUCGACUAUAUUCUCACCAAUAACAAAUCAAUCUGCAAGGACGUCACCGUUCUAAAUCGAUUCGACACCGGGAGCGACCAUCGACUGGUCAGAGCAAAGAUCACUAUCAAUACGUAAGCUAAUAAAAAAGAACCCUUAU